UAUAACAUGUUGAUUACAUAUUUCUACAAAUACGUUGUUUUGGUAGACUGUUCUGAGCCUUUCAUUUAAUAGUCUAUUGGGAGAAAAAUUCUAUUGGAUAUUUGGAGAAAAAUAAUACAAGUGUUUUCAGAGCAUUUGCUUAGAAGCGGGCCAUACUGUGUGGAUGGCUUUCAAAGCUGCCUUUGAGAUGCUGGAGUCUGGUGUUUCCUAUAGUCUGGCUCUGGAGAAGGCCACCGGUCUGAUUUCCUAGUGAAAGUUACUGAGGUCUCUUGACAAAGUUAAAUUGUUUAGACUCAGGCCUGGGAGUGUUCCCUUCAUAGGUACAGACCAACGCUGACUGGAAAUUACUGCUGCCCCCUUCAAAAAAAGAUGUGUUGUCUUUUUAAUUCAAAAGCUACACAGUACACAAUGACUUGAAGCUGGGAGACUUUUGGGGGAUUUCGGCCCCCCCCAUUUAUUUAAAUAAUAGUAUUGUUACACCUUACGUUUAGGAAAAUAGCCCUCUAAAUGAAUAAGUAGGUUCCUAAAAUUUCUGUGAUGGAACUUGCUAGAGUAGUUUAUGAAAAAAUUCCCACAAUUCAGGGCGAGCAAGGCCCCGCCUCCUGCUGAUAUUGUGCCUGCGGAUUGGUCCGUUUUGGUGCUGGAGGUGUGGCUGUGGUUGAGCACGAACAGCAGUCGCCAUGGCCAGCUGUGAGGCACUGUGGCUUCAAAGGUUGAGGCUACGGUUCUGCUUACCUGUACUGGGUCUUUUGUUACUUACGCCGUUUUUGCUGGGAACCCAGGCCAACAAACUUAACGUGCCCCAGGUGUUGCUACCCUUCGGCCGGGAGCCGGGUCGUGUGCCCUUCCUGCUCGAGGCCCAGCGGGGCUGCUACGUUUGGCAUUCCACCCAUGAUGAUGUAGUUACUGUUGAACCUUUAUAUGAAAAUGGCACCUUAUGUUCUCAAAGAGCUGUACUCAUUGCUGAAUCUACCCAGCCAAUACGUCUCAGCAGUGUUAUUCUUGCUCGAGAAAUAGUGACUGACCAUGAACUACGCUGUGAUGUUAAGGUUGAUGUGAUAAACAGCAUUGAAAUUAUAUCUCGGACCCGGGAACUCUAUGUAGAUGACUCACCUCUGGAACUGAUAGUGAGGGCAUUGGAUACUGAAGGAAAUACUUUCAGCAGUUUGGCAGGGAUGAUGUUUGAAUGGAGCAUUGCUCAGGAUGACAAGUCAGCAAGAGAAGAACUGUUUAGCAAAAUUAGGAUUCUGAAAUACUCUGAAGCAGAAUAUUCUCCCCCAGGCUAUAUAGUUGAGAUGGAAAAAGAGGAGAAACGAGGAGAUAUGAUUUUGGUGUCGGGUGUUAGAACUGGUAUUGCUGUUGUAAAAGUUCGAAUUUAUGAAUCAUUCUAUAAGAAAGUGGCAUCAGCACUAAUACGUCUCCUUGUUUUAGAGAAUAUCUUUCUUAUACCGUCCCAUGAUAUUUAUCUCUUAGUAGGAACAUAUAUUAAGUACCAAGCUGCAAAAAUGGUUCAGGGAAGAAUGACAGAGGUGAAAUUUCCCCUGGAACAUUAUACACUGGAAUUACAGGAUCACAGAGCUGCACAUAAGCAAUCUCUGUCUAGCAAAGUGGCUUUACUGGAUGAUAAAACAGCCACAGUGACUGCCUUCCAACAAGGCCAAACUAAUCUUGUCUUUAUUCACAAAAAUGUCCAUAUGCGAUCUGUAUCUGUACUCCCAAAUCGCACCAUAUAUGUUGUAGACCCCGGAUUUUUAGGUUUCACAGUCUCCCCUGGAGACCGGUGGAGUCUGGAGGUGGAACGGGUGUAUGCCAUUACAAUCGAGGUGUUUGAUAAAAGCAGCACAAAAAUCUACAUGUCAGAUAAUCUGAGAAUUACAUACAACUUUCUAUCGGAGUACUUCAAAGAGCAGCUAACUACUGUGAAUGGAUCUUACCAUGUAGUAAAAGUGCUGAAAGCUGGUGUGGUAGAGAUAGAUGCAUCCCUGACCUCCAUUGUUCACCAGAAUAACAGUAUUCAACCUAUCAAGCCUCUGAUCCAACACAAACAAGAAGUGAUUAUUUAUUUUCCCAUCAAGUUUACACCUAACUUUCUGGCAUUUCCUUAUCAUCCUUGGGGAGUGUUACAUCGCUAUCAAGUACAGGUAGAGGGUGGUAGUGGCAACUUCACCUGGACCUCUUCUGAUGAAACAGUGGCCACGGUAAGCCCCCGAGGAGAAGUGACUGCAGGUCGAGUUCAGGGGAACAGCACAGUGUGGGCCCGAGAUGUACAAAAUCCCUAUCGGUAUGGGGAAAUGAAGGUGUAUGUCCUGAAGCUGAACAAAAUGGAACUGCUACCCUUCCAUGCUGAUGUGGAGAUUGGCCAGACCAUAGAAAUCCCCAUCGCAAUGUAUCAUGUUAAUGAGACUAAGCAGGCUAUGGCAUUCACAGACUGCUCUCAUUUACCUGUGGAUCUCCACAUGGAUAAGCAAGGAGUCUUCAUUCUCUUUGAAGGAGGUAUUCAAAGACCUGGACCAAUGCACUGCUCCAGUAUACACAUAGCAGCCAGAUCGCUAGGCCACACUCUGGUCACGGUGAGAGUGAGUGAACAUGAGGAGCACUUGCACAGCAGUGCCACCUUUGCUGCUUAUGAGACCCUGAAGGCUGUAAAUCCUGUGGAAGUGGCGUUGGUGUCAUGGCAUUCCAUGAAGGAAAUGGUGUUUGAAGGAGGUCCGCGUCCGUGGAUCUUGGAACCCUCCCGAUUUUUUCUGGAGCUGAGCACAGAGAAGACAGAGAAGAUUGAAAUAACAGAAGUCCGGCUGCCAGCUAAGAGGAAACAGAACCAGUACAUAUACCAAGUCCUGUGCCUGGAUUUAGGGGAACAAGUUCUUACCUUCCGAAUUGGAAAUCACCCGAGUGUUCUGAACCCAAGUCCAGCUGUGGAAACUGUGCAGGUGCAUUUCGUGUGUGCCCAUCCUGCCAGUUUGUCAGUAACGCCAGUGUACACAGUGCCAGCUGGUGCCCAGCCAUGUCCUCUGUCGCAGCAUGGCACGCAAAUGAUUCCUGUAUCAAGCCUGAGGGACACAGUCCUGGAACUUGCAGUAUUUGAUCAGCACAGAAGAAAGUUUGAUAACUUCAGCUCUCUAAUGCUACGAUGGAAAUCUUCCAAUGAAACACUAGCCCAUUUGGAAGAUUUUGUAUCAAUGGAGAUGGUAGCCAAAGAUGAUGGCAGUGGGCAGGCCCGGGCACAUGGUCAUCAGAUCCUUAAAGUACAUCAGAUAAAAGGGACUGUAUUCAUUGGAGUCAGUUUUGUGGGAUAUUCAGAGAAGAAAAGCCCAAAGGACAUUUCCAAUGUGCCCAGAUCUGCAACUGUGGAGCUGCUCCUGGUGGAUGAUGUGACUGUGUUGCCGGAGAAUGCUACCAUUUACAACCACCCUGAUGUGCAGGAGGUAUUCAGCCUUGUGGAAGGGUCUGGUUACUUUGCAGUCAGCAGCCGGGAGCAGGGCAUCGUCACCAUCACUUACAGAGAAGCAGAGAGCUCAGUGCAGGUAGUUCCUGUACAGCCCGGAUCUCUCACCUUGGAAGUCUAUGAUCUGUGCCUGGCUUUCUCUGGUCCAGCAAAAGCCCACCUGAGGAUAUCAGACAUACAAGAGCUGGAGCUCGAUCUGAUUGAUAAGGUUGAGAUAGGCAAAACUGUGUUAGUGACCGUGAGGGUUCUCAACUCUUCCAAACACCCAUUCAGAAAUAAGUACUUCAGAAACAUGGAACUCAAGCUGCAGGUUGCAUCGGCCAUUAUCACCCUGACACCAACAGAGGAGCAGGAUGUGUACUCUGAAAACUAUGUUCUUCAGGCCAUCACAAUUGGGCAAACCACACUCGUGGCUACCACCAGAGACAAGAUGGGGAGAAAAUUCACAUCAGCCCCUCGGCACAUUGAAGUGUUUCCUCCAUUCAGACUUGUUCCAGAGAAAAUGACACUGAUUCCAGCUAACAUGAUGCAGGUGAUGUGUGAAGGUGGUCCCCAGCCCCAAUCUAUCAUUCUCUUCUCCAUCAGUAAUCAGACUGUGGCUGCCGUUAAUAGGAGGGGCCAAGUUACAGGGAGAGUGGUUGGCACAGCUGUGGUCCACGGCACCAUCCAGACAGUAAAUGAAGAUACUGGCAAAGUCAUUGUAUUUUCCCAGGAUGAAAUGCAGAUUGAAGUUGUUCGGCUAAGGUCUGUUAGGAUUGUUGCAGCUACAACUCGACUCAUCACAGCCGUUGAGAUGCCAGUGUAUGUCACCGGAGUGACCAGUACACAGAGCCCUUUCUCCUUCAGCAAUGCCAGCCCUGGGCUUACAUUCCACUGGUCCCUGAGCAAAAAGGAUGUGUUGGAUCUAGUACCUAGGCAUUCAGAGGUUUCCCUGCAGCUUCCAGAAGAAAAUAACUUUGCCAUGGUUGUUCACACAAAAGCAGCUGGCAGGACCAGUAUCAGAGUCACUGUCCGCUGUGUGAACAGUUCCUCUGGGCAGUUUGAGGGAAGUGUAUUGGAACUGUCUGAUGAAAUUCAGAUCCUGGUGUUUGAAAAACUCCGACUUUUCAAUUCAGAGUACCAGCCUGAGAAGAUUCUAAUGCCAAUGAAUUCUCAACUCAAACUCUACACUAACAGAGAGGGAGCAGCCUUAGUGAACACUCGAAUUCUCAAGUGUCUUCCUAAUUCUUCCGUUAUUGAGGAGGAUGGCACAGGACUCCUGAAAGCUGGCUCCAUUGCAGGUACUGCGGUGCUGGAAGUCACUUCUGUAGAACCUUUCGGACUGAACCAGACAACCAUAACUGGGGUCCAGGUGGCCCCCGUGAAGUACCUGCAGGUGAGCAGCCAGCCCAAGCUGUACACAGCCUCAGGAAGGACCCUGUCAGCCUUUCCCGUGGGCAUGGUUCUUACCUUCAUUGUUCACUUUUACAACAGCAUGGGAGAGAAAUUCCAUACCCACAACACUCAACUUUAUCUGUCUCUAAACAGAGACGACUUGCUGCUUAUUGGACCAGGGAGUAGGAACUAUACUUACACGGCCCAGGCCAUGAGCAGAGGAGUGACACUUGUGGGGCUCUGGGACCAGCAGCAUCCGGGCAUGGCCGAUUACAUCCCUGUGGCUGUGGAGUAUGCCAUCGAGCCAGACACCACGCUGACCUUUGUUGGAGAUGUCAUCUGCUUUAGCACGCAUCUUGUCAGCCAGCAGGGUGAACCUGGAAUAUGGAUGAUUUCUGAUGACAAUAUUCUACAGACAGAUAUUGUCACUGGUGUUGGAGUGGCCAGGAGUCCCGGAACCACAGUGAUUUUUCAUGACAUCCCAGGAGUAGUGAAAACAUAUCGAGAGGUGACAGUCAAGGCAUCGUCAAGAUUAACAUUCACAUAUGACCUCAAGACUUCUCUCACCAAUAGCCCCAACUCAACUGUCUUCAAACUCUUCAUCACGACUGGCAGAAAUGAUGUCAACAUGAAAGGCUCUUGUACCCAAAAUCAGAUCUUGGCCAUUACACAAGUCCUUUCUCCAGAGACCCUUGUGAUGUGCCAUGUACAGUUCAGUAAUACUCUGCUAAACAUUCCAGCAAGUAAAGUCUUCCACAUCCGUUCAGAUUUCAGUGUGGAGAAAGGGGUUUAUGUUUGCCUCAUCAAGGUAAGACCGCAGUCAGAGGAGUUGCUCCAAGCCCUCAGUGUGGCCGACACCUCGGUGUAUGGAUGGGCCACGCUGCUCAGCGACAGCACCAAGUUCGGGAUGCAGAGAAUCCUUAUUCCUUUCACCCCUGCAUUCUACAUCAACCAGUCAGAACUGCUCCUUGGCCACAAACUAGACACUGGUGUGAUUAGAGUACAGGGAGUGGACAGAGUUCUUGAGAACCUACAGGUCCUCCCUAGCACCCCAGUUUUGGUGGUCUCUCAUCCCCGGCACUCCCCCGGCCUGGCAACCUUCCCUGUCCUGGUGGCCAAUUUCUCUGCCUUCCAGCAGAUGGCCUCUCCUGUCUUCAUUAACAUCUCCUGCGCACUCACUAGUCAGAGUGAGACUGUGAUGGUGAGAGCUUUGAGAGGUAAAUCUAAUGCUGAUAAACGGGAAGAUUCUGAUGUCUUCAAGAGACUGAUUGGUUCUUACCAGAUGUUCUUUACUUUCUUUGUGGUGUUGGCAUCCACAGCUUUCAUCUUUCUAGCAUAUAAUGCUUUCCUGAACAAGAUACAGACUGUUCCAGUUGUUUAUGUACCAACUGUAAGGACACCACAGCCAGGUCUUUACACCUCCACAAACUCUCCCUCUCCCUUCUGCAGCCCACAAGCCUCAGUACCCCGGAAUCAGCUUGCACGCUGGGUAUGGAGUACAAGGAACUAACCUAGCACGGAUGAGUGCCCUGAACUGCCAGGGAAUGAAGAUUUCCAGCCUUGUUCUCCACACUAAGCCUCCAAAACAAGGCUCUCAAAAAAGUUUUAAGCUGUUUUAAUAAAAGUGGUGUUAGACCGUG